GUGGGGGAGAUAGCUGCUCGGAGUCCGCCUGCGACUAUGGAGCAGUCAGUAAUUGCUGGAGACAGGGAGAGCUGGGGGUUGGGCUGAGGUAGCCAUGUAUAAAUAGUGUGAUCUCAAAUUGAAAGGCAUAAAUAACAGCAGGAGUGAUCUAACCCUAUACAGCCCAUCUUCUACGUGCAAAAACAGCGUGCAGAGGACGGCCACAUCUCCGAUUGAAAACAAGUGGAUCUCUGUGGAUAAGAUCAUCGGGCAGCCAUGGAAGAACUUACGGCUUUUGUAUCCAAAUCUUUUGACCAGAAAAGCAAAGAGAGCAGCAGCGGCAGUGGCAGCAGCAACAAGAAGGAGACGAUCACGUACAGGGAAGUUUUGGAGAGUGGGUUGGCUCGCUCUAGGGAGCUUGGAAACUCUGACCCUAACCUACAGGACAUGACCGAGAGCAGCAACCAUUGCCCGGUGCAUCUUUUCAAAGACCACGUAGAGAGCGACAAGGACAAACUGAAGGAGUUCAACACGGGCAGGACGGCGGAAGGUAUCUACGAGUGCAAAGAGAAGAGGGAAGAUGUGAAGUCAGAAGAUGAAGAUGGACAGACCAAGCUUAAACAAAGGAGAAGCAGAACCAAUUUCACACUAGAGCAGCUGAAUGAGCUGGAAAGACUUUUUGAUGAGACUCACUAUCCGGAUGCCUUCAUGAGGGAGGAACUAAGCCAGAGGCUGGGUCUCUCUGAAGCUAGGGUUCAGGUAUGGUUCCAGAACAGGAGAGCAAAGUGCCGAAAGCAGGAAAACCAGAUGCACAAAGGUGUGAUCCUGGGAACCGCCAGCCAUUUAGACGCCUGCAGAGUAGCCCCUUAUGUGAAUAUGGGAGCCCUGAGGAUGCCUUUCCAACAGGUCCAGGCGCAGCUGCAGCUGGAGGGCGUGGCCCACGCGCACCCGCACCUGCACCCGCACCUGGCGGCCCACGCGCCCUACCUGAUGUUCCCGCCGCCGCCCUUCGGGCUGCCCAUCGCCUCCCUGGCGGAGUCCGCCUCCGCCGCCGCCGUGGUGGCCGCUGCCGCCAAGAGCAACAGCAAGAACUCCAGCAUCGCCGACCUGAGGCUGAAGGCCCGGAAGCACGCCGAGGCCCUGGGGCUCUGACACGCUUCACCCGAGCUCCUCCUCAUACUCCUCCUCC